AUGUAUCGUGGUGGGCCUCUUUCACCUCGAGGAGGGUACCCGCAGCCGUGCGAGGGCCGUGGUCCUACGCCUGGCCGGCCUUAUCCUGGGCCACGGUUUAGAGAAGAAAGAGGCAGGCCCAGACCUCCGUUUCAGGGUUACCAUGACGGGCCUCCUCCAGACCCGUACAGGCGUUCUCCACCUCUCAGGAGGUAUCCUUCUCCCGGUUCAGUAAGUCACAGAGGUUCAGGCGGUGAAUACUGGGGCAGCGGCCCUCCCCCAAGAGAAGUAAGUGAAAAUAAUUAUGUGCAGGAUACUAUCUACCUGACUAGUCUGCCACUUGUUAAUUACAUUGGUAAAUGUACAUAUCAAAAACAAUUCGUGCAUGUUAUGUUGUCUUUUUGAAUAGCGCAUUGGUUAGCUUGCUAACUAGGCUAGUUAUCAUAACUAUUUGUCACUGUUUAUUGUUAACCAGCUACAAUUGCAGGUGCAAUUAUUGUUUACAGCGUUACUGGAAGUUACUCCCCUCCCUUGCACUGGCUCGUAUUUCCUUUUUACUAGAGCAAUGCAUUAAUUGCACAAAAUGCUGUGUCAAAUAACUUAAAAAUCCUGUCAAAAACAAUUUAGUGGGAUGAAACUGAUUACAUUUACAUUUACAUUUUAGUCAUUUAGCAGACGCUCUUGUCCAGAGCGACUUACAGUUAGUGAGUGCAUACAUUUUCAUACUUUUUUCAUACUGCCCCCCCCAGUUAAGGAAUUUGACUACAAAUCUGAUUCUGUCAAUAGAGAUCUCAAUCUCCCCGUGGUGGCAUCCCCACAGACCAUAGUCUGGUAAUCACUGUGGGCAAUGAAUUGACUGGACCACCUGGGGCAGGGCUACCCUCAAGAGACUACCCUCCUUACCCGCCAAAGAGGUCCAGUUAUGAUGGCCCUGACGACUGUGGCCCCAGGAGGCAGAGUCCCAGCAGAGGGAGAUGCCGUCCUCGUAGUCGCAGCCCGGGAAUCAGGGGGCGGCGCAAGAGCCGUUCUCGUAGUCGCAGCCCUGAAAUGGGGGGAGGGUGCAAAAGCCGUGCCCGGAGUCGCAGCCCUGCAAUGGGGGGACGGAGUAAAAGCCGUGCCCGAAGUCGCAGCCCUGCAAUGGGGGGACAGAGUAAAAGCUGUGCUCGAAGCCGCAGCCCUGAAAUGGGGGGACAGAGUAAAAGCCGGGCCCGAAGCCCUGAAAUGGGGGGACGGAGUAAAAGCCGGGCCCGAAGCCGUAGCACUGAAAUGGGGGGACGGAGCAAGAGCCGUCCGCCAAGCAGGUCCCGAAGCAGGAGCGGGAGUCGUGGCCAAAGCUAUGGACGGGCCCGCAGUAUGAGCAGAGCAAAGCGUGUUGGUCCACACAAGAGCAGGAGCCGCAGUGUCAGUACUAGCAGCACCAGCAGUAGCAGUAGCAGGAGCAGCAGGGGAGGCAGUAAUAAGAUAAAGAAGAUGAGCAGGUUCAAGGCGCUUGAGUUGGCCCGUCGCCACAAAGAGAUGGAAGACAUGAACAUGCCCACAAAGUCCAUCCUGAAGAGGCACAUGGACUCGGAGACUGACUCCCCCUCAUUUGUGCAGGUAGGGGACAUAUGCCAUUUUAUUACUGUGUUAAAUUAAUUAUGUAGCCUAUAGCUGUGUAGGGUAUUACCCAUCUUCAUACUCACUCUAACCCUGACAUCCCACAAUGACCUUUUUUCUUUUAUCCAAAUGAUUGUCAUUAUUAAUUUGUUCAUCAUAUAUUAUUAUUUGGUUUUUGUUUUGCAGAACAGUGAUUCUCCAAGAGUUAUCCCUGCUGGUGAGGCUGAGGCAGAGCGACUCCUCUCAGCUAUGAAAGGCAUGGACCCUAACAUGUUGGCCACCAUGCUGGGAGAACUGAGAGAUGACCCACACAUGGCCCAGGGCAGGCUUGACCCCAGUGGGAUUGCAGGGAUCCUUGGCUUGUUGGGAGGUGCAUCUACACAGCAGGAGAAGAAAAGGAAGAAGGUACCAGACAUUGACGAUGAGGAAAAAUUCCUUUAUGGUGAUGAAGAUGAUCUAGAGAGGGGCAGGGCUCCGGCUCCAGAAGAAGCUCCCUGUCAGCACAGUCUGUCAGAGCUCUAUGGUGAUAUUAUGAGUGAGCCGGCACGCUAUGGCGCCUCACCGCACCUAGAGGGCCAUCCUGGUAUUGUCGAUCAGAGAAACUCUUGUCAGCAACAGGUGGACAUGAGGUAUCAGCGUCAAAGCAGGUCCUCUGCCACCCCUGACUAUAAUAUCAAGGUUGAAGAGCCUAAUGAAUUCCCACUAGGAACAGGACCACUGGAAGGGAAGGAGAAGCAAGACGUGGAGGAGUACGAGAAGAUCCAGGACCUCCUCAAAACCAUUGGGCUGGAUCUGGGGGUGAUGGAGAUCAGCAAGAUGGCUGCCAGGACUCAGGAGCGUCUGCAUGGAAAGAGGCCCCCUCCGAAAACCCCCUCACCUUGUCCUGGGAGGAGGCGGGGUCACCGUGACUCUUCAGGAAGCUCAGACAGGAGCAGGGGUAAGAGCCACAGUGGGAGUAGCUCCAGUAAUGGGAGCAGUCGUAGCAGGAGCCUGAGCAGCAGCCUUGAAAACAGCAGGAGACGGAAGAAGUCACCCCCAUCUGACAGGCGCAGCACCCAUGGGACGACUCGAGGCGGCAGAGAGGUGAAGACUGAAACUACUCCAGUGACACCCACCCACCCUUCUAUCUCGAUGCCUGCCUACGCCCAAGCCCAGGGACAUGGUCCGGUACCUCCCAACUAUCCACCUCCUGGCUAUGGGCAGUAUGGGAACUGGCCUUACAUGCCCCAACAGUGGCCGGUGUACCCACCUCCAUCUAUGGGCAUGCCGCCUCAAUCUCCCAUUGAAGAUUUUCCGAAAGCCCCGUUUGACAGACCAUACCUUAAAGUCAUCCAGCCAGAGUUGCACCAGGGGGCUGGAAGAAAGGGUGAGAACAAACUGAUGGCAUUGUGAAUAAGUGGAUGUUUAAUUACUUGUUAAUUCCUCUUCAAUAAAUACUUUUUGUUAGUGAUUAAUGAAACUGCAGCACAUACAGUGAUUUCGGAAAGUAUUCAGACCCCUUCCCUUUUCCCACAUUUUGUUACGUUACAGCCUUAUUCUAAAAUAUCCUCAUCAUUCUACACACAAUACACCAUAAUGACAAAGCGAAAACAGGUGUUUAGAAAUUUUUGCAAAUUAUAUAUAUAUUUUUAAAAAAAACUGAUACUUUAUUUACGUAAGUAUUCAGAACCUUUGCUAUGAGACUCGAAAUUGAGCUCAGGUGCAUCCUGUUUCCAUUGAUCAUCCUUGAGAUGUUUCUACAACUUCAUUGGAGACCACCUGUGGUAAAUUCAAUUGAUUGGACAUGAUUUGGAAAGGCGCACACCUGUCUAUAUAAGGUCCCACAGUUGACAGUGCAUGUCAGAGCAAACACCAAGCCAUGAGGUCGAAGGAAUUGUCCGUAGAGCUCCAAGACAGGAUUGUGUCGAGGCACAGAUCUGGGGAAGGGUACCAAAACAUUUCUGCAGCAUUGAAGGUCCCCAAGAACACAGAGGCCUCCAUCAUUCUUAAAUGGAAGAAGUUUGGAACCACCAAGACUUCCUAGAGCUGGCCGCCCGGCCAAACUGGGCAAUCAAGGGAGAAGGGCCUUGGUCAGGGAGGUGACCAAGAACAUGAUGGUCACUCUGACAGAGCUCCAGAGUUCCUCUGUGGAGAUGGGAGAACCUUCCAGAAGGACAACCAUCUCCGCAGCAUUCCACCAAUCAGGACUUUAUGGUAGAGUGGCCAGACGGAAGCCACUCCUCAGUAAAAGGCACAUGAGAGCCCGCUUGGAGUUUGCCAAAAGACACUUAAAGGACCCUCAGACCAUGAGAAACAAGAUUCUCUGGUCUGAUGAAACCAAGACUGAACUCUUUGGCCUGAAUAUCAAGCGUCACGUCUGGAGGAAACCUGGCACCAUCCCUACGGUAAAGCAUGGUGGCGGCAGCAUCAUGCUGUGGGGAUGUUUUUCAGCGGCAGGGACUAGUAAGGAUUGAGGGAAAGAUGAACGUAGCAAAGUACAGAGAGAUCCUUGAUGAAAACCUGCUCCAGAGCGCUCAGGACCUCAGACUGUGGCAACGACCCUAAGCACACAGCCAAGACAACACAGGAGUGGCUUCGGGACAAGUCUCUGAAUGUCCUUGAGUGGCCCAGCCAGAGCCCAGACUUGAACCUGAUCGAACAUCUCUGGAGAGACCUGAAAAUAGCUAUGCAGCGACGCUCCCCAUCUAACCUGAAAGCGCUUGAGAGGAUCUGCAGAGAAUAAUGGGAGAAACUCCCCAAAUACAGGUGUGCCAAGCUUGUAGCGUCAUACCCAAGAAGACUCGAGGCUGUAAUCGCUGCCAAAGGUGCAUCAAAGUACUGAGUAAAGGGUCUGAAUACUUAUGUAAAUGUGAUAUUUCAGUUUUAAAAUGUUUAUACAUUUUCAAAAAAUUCUAAAACCCUGUUUUUGCUUUGUCAUUAUGGGGUAUUUUGUGUCGAUUUGAUGAGGGGAAAAAAACUAUUUAAUCAAUUUCAGAACAAGGCUGUAACGUAACAAUAUUGAACAAGUCAAGGGGUCUGAAUACUUUCCAAAUGCACUGUAUGCAUUAGUUUUAAUGAUGUAACUCCUGUCUAAUUUUGUACAUUGUUCCUGUAUAGCAUCAUCAAAGAUGGCCCCUCAGGAUAAUGGCAAGGACAGGAGGGUUUUAGAAGAGAGAAAUAAUGAAAGCCAAAAACAAAAGGUGGCGUAUUCAGCUAUCCACUUAAAUUCAAUUGAAGCCUAUUGUCAUUUGAUGCUGUUUUGGCUUGUGUUCUUUCCAUACACUAGUUCUCUAAUGAUUCUCCUGCAUUAUGUAGGUCCUUGAAGAACGUGAAAAACUGAGAAGAGACCGAGAGAUCCGCAUGAAGAAGAAAGAUUAUCUCAUGAAGGAACUGGAGAGAUUGCGAAAACAGCAAGGUACUUCAAUCAUCUCAUUGCUUUCGCUAUAUAUAUAUAUUUUUUUAUUUUGUCAAUUUUCAACAGUUGGAUAAAAAAAUGUAUUGUUGUCGUUGUAGGGGAGCUGCUGCGCAAAAAGCGGCGUGAAAAAGAUGGCCAUAAGGACCCAUUACUGUCAGACAUCAGUCGGCUCCAGGAAGAAGUCAUGUCUCAGAUUGCUGUGCUCCGCAACGAGCACGAGGUAGCAGAGAAGAAACGAUCCGAGCUUGACAAAGUGGCUCUAAUUCUCGGUCUACAACCAACUGACAAGCCCCGGCGAGAGGGUAGGGCUUCUGGGGACCUUGAGCACCCACCACCUCCAGACAAGGAGAAGAAUCAGGAGCGCGCUCGCAGCCGAGAGAAAUCACCUGGAGUCCAGGCCUCUGCUAAGGUAGAAUUCCAUAAGCUGCUCCAGGCACAAGCCAGAGAGCUGAAGUACUGGUAAAACCUUGAACCUUACAAAAACGUGUACAUUAUUGCUGCAGAAACGUAAUUAUUCUGCAGAAAUUGACGGUUAAACUUUGCUUUAUUUUAGGGUAUGAGUCUAAAUGACUUCCUGAAUAACUAUUCAAAAGGUCUGGUUUUGAUUUAAAUGUCUACUUGCCCUUGUCUGAUCCAUUAAAUACCAGUAAGCAGUAAUUACACUACAUGACCAAAAGUAUGUGGACACCACUCUCGUCGAACAUCUUAUUCCAAAAUCAUUGGCAUUAAUAUAGGGUUGGUCCCCCUUUUGCUGCUAUAACAGCCUCCACUCUUCUGGGAUGGCUUUCCACUAUAUGUUGGAACAUUGCUGCGGGGACUUGCUUCCAUUCAGCCACAAGAGCAUUAGUGAGGUCGAGCACUGAUGUUGGUGGAUUAGGCCUGGCUCGCAGUCGCCAUUCCAAUUCAUCCCAAAUGUGUUCGAUGGGGUUGAGGUCAGGGCUCUGUGCAGGCCAGUUAAGUUCUUCCACACCGAUCUCGACAAACCAUUUCUGUAUGGACCUCGCUUUGUGCACGGGGCCGUUGUCAUGCUGAAACAGAUGGUGAAGCAUGAUUCAUCACUCCAGAGAACGAGUUUCCACUGCUCUAGAGUCCAAUUGCGUCGAGCUUUACCCCACUCCAGCCGACGCUUGGCAUUGCGCAUGGUGAUCUUAGGCUUGUGUGCGGCUGCUCGGCCAUGGAAACCCAUUUCAUGAAGCUCCUGACGAACAGUUAUUGUGCUGACGUUGCUUCCAGAGGCAGUUGCAAACGAGGACAGAUGAUUUUUACGCGGUUCAGCACUCGGCGGUCCAGUUCUGUGAGCUUGUGUGGCCUACCACUUCGCGGGUGAGCCGUUGUUGCUCCUAGACGUUUCCACUUCACAAUAGCAGCACUUACGGUUGACCGUGGCAGCUCUAGCAGGGCAGAAAUUUGAUGAACUGACUUGUUAGAAAGGUGGCAUCCUAUGAUGGUGCCACGUUGAAUGUCACUGAGCUCUUCAGUAAGGCCAUUCUACUGCCAAUGUUUGUCUAUGGAGAUUGCAUGGCGGUGUGCUCGAUUUUAUACACCUGUCAGCAAUGGGUGUGGCUAAAAUAGCCGAAUCCACUAAUUUGAAGGGGUGUCCACAUACUUUUGUGUGUAUAUAUAGUGUGCUUUGAGUACCUGGCAUUCAGCCUUCUGCUUAUACAUCAAAUAUGGGGUUAAACAAUGUGUGGUGCACAAACUGCUCCGGCUUACCUGGACGAACCGUGUGCUAUGUCAUCUGUUGGUGUUGUCCAAGAGGCAUAGUUUGACUCCUCGAUUUAAAAGUUCCCUCUUUGUAUGCCAAUGUCUGACCCAACUAAUCUCAUAACUGGUCUACAAAUGCAUGCAUGUUUACAAAUGAAUGUGUUUUAUACCUGCAACCUAUGUGGAAACCUGUUCAGUUACAUAUGGCAAAAAGUUGUGAUUAAGUUUAGGGGUACAUCUUUUAUGUCUCAUCCUACAAUUUACUAUAUUUUUCAGAGCGCACAGUAUUUGUUGUUUAUGAAAGAACACAACCAUGUCAAGCUUUUUCUCUGAAUGAGUUUCUGGAGAUUCCAAACUCAGGUAAGAUGUUUGUGUUAGAAGCUUGGAUUUAGGGUGUUUACAUUCAUAAAUUGAAAGAUGAACAUCUUUUUCCCCAGUUGUUUGUAAUUUAACUGUCAUUUCAUGAGAACAUUUUCACCAUCAAUAUGUAGGCUAGCUAGGAGAUCAGCGAUUAGUUGGGAUGAAUACUUUGCAUACAUAGAGGGAUCCCAAUUAUGUGGACUAUUUUAAUCCUUUCCACUGGCUCAAAUUCUUUCAAAUUUUUGUUUAAAAAAAAAUGAAAACGUUAAUAGGGUGAUGGUGUAUCUCUAAUUUGUUUUUUAAAACUUAAAUAUGGGUAUUCAAUUAAAAUAAUUGAAGUUAUUGAAUAUGGAAAAUAUGUACCAUUUGAAGACGACAAUACACAAAAGUCAAAUGGAUCUCAUUGGAAACUCAACUCUGAAUUGUAGCUGUUUUGUUGCGAGAAGUAAAUCUCCUGAAAUAUCAUACUUUAUGUUUACACUCCACUCAUGGUCUGUGAACAGCACUCAUUUCUCACAACUUUUUUGCUCUACUCACAGAUCAGUAUUUAAAAUGUAAUUUUGACCAUUAAUUGGUGGAGAUAAGCAUACAGGAAUAUGACAAUACGAGUCAAAUAUUAGCCUUAAAAACAGGAUUCUCUGAUAUAAUCCAAGUAACUCCCUCAAGGCUGGAACACAGAUCGCCUAUGUCGUCAAGGUAAGAGUUUUUGAAACUUCAAUGUUUGGGGAUCAUCGUAAAAUUGUCUCUUCUUUAUCAAACAUCGAUUUUGUCUUUUAAUACCGUCUUUCAGUAUUUUUCGCCUGCUUUCUCUAGGCUUAUUUAGCUCUUUUGCUGACUUGUGCAACUUCUGUUCUUCAUUAGGCAGCAGCAUUGUCCUUAAGAGCCUCUCCUAUAAAACCGAAGAAGAAAGCCCCCGCCAGUACCCAGCCUCCCGAGACUUCAGCAGACCUGUUUGAAUACUAUGACGCUGGGAACCACUGGUGCAAAAGCUGCAAUGCCACUUGUGGUUCCAUGUUCGAUUUUUUCACACACUUGCACAGCAAAUCGCAUCGAAAGGUUUGUGUACCAUUUGUAGAAUGUUCCAAUAAGACUCCAGCUGCAGCAAUUCCGCACUCCGGAGUCCUGCUGUGGAACCAGUCACAUACCGUACAGACUACAUAGAACAACCAAACCAUCCUUGCUAGGCUACGCAAUAAACAAACAUGUUAGCUAGACAGUGUUGCUUAAUGUAGAAGUCUUAAUAAUACAUUUUGCGAUUGAGUGGUCAGGUAGCUGUGCUGUUCAUGCCGUUACCAGCACAACUGGAGCUCAAGAUAAUCAAUCAGAUUGCAUGGCCGGAGCUAAUGUUUUAUAAUGCAUUAUUAGCUAGCAUUGUGUCAUUUGGUUUGGGAAAGGAAUGAUCAUCCAAUUCAACACUUGAGUUGAUCCUGUCUAGCUAGCUAGAUAGUUGAGUUUACAUUUAACUUGAUAAUUAAAUUGCUAUCUAUUAAACACUUGGAUGGACUCAUCUCUUUACAGGCCCUGUUAGCUAUGAAGUCCGCUAGCUAGAUAGUUAGCUACCUUGAAAGGGAAUGCAGCAGACUCCUGAAUGUGAUGUGGAAAGCCUAUUGGCUGUUCUCUGCAAGGAUCUCUUGAGCAUUGUGCUGAGGACUUAUUGGCUGCAGCUGGACCCUUCUUGGAUAUUCAGUCAUACUCAGUGAAUUGAAGAGCUUUUGUUUACUAUCAUGAAAAUGCGUUCUCCUGUUCUUGGUCUUUGUCCCCCAUCACUGGUCAAAUGUCCUUUUACCUUUCCAACGUGGCAUUUCUUCAUUUGAACUGUCCCUUGUAUUUUUACAGCAAAUGGUUAUGCAUUCUUUUUUCAUUGGCACUGUGCAGACUCAGGAUCCUUACAAUCGACCGUGGGCUUCAAGUUCCUCCAACAUUGAGAUGAAUAAGAUGUACUCAUCAGGAGAGAAAAUGACUAAACCUGCCAAAGGUACAAACUUAGAUUUCUGUUUUAUAUAUUUCCCUUUUUUUAAAUAUUUGUAAUGUGCUGUUAAACGUUGUUAGCAAUCUUUUACUUUUAGGCUCUUUGUGCUGGAUCACUGCCACAGUUUGCAGUCACUGAAUACAAAACUAUGCGUAAGAAGUAAGAAAUAAAAAUUGAUUUCUAUAUGCAAUGUAAAGGGGGUCAUAUUUUGGGCAACUGUUAGUCAAUUACCAAUGUCUAUAUACCAAAGUUGAUGUUAUAUGUCUAUGUUUACUGAAUGUACUUCUUAUACUCUCCAAGGAAUGGACCUACAUUUUAUAACAAUCUACUUUGAUAACAGGUUCUUCCAUGGAGAGCACAGUAAAGGUAAUAAUCAAUGAUUGUUCCCUGUGACCAUCAGGUAUUUUAAAAAAACUUCUAUCUUUUUCUCUCAUAGGAUCUGAGUUUUUGGUACCUGUGAGGGGAUAUUAUUGCCAGCUGUGCGAGGAGUUUUACGGGGAUGCAAUUUGUGCUGAAGAUCAUGCCACGAGUCAUACUCACAAUGAGAAAUACAAGGUAGGCCAUUACUAGUUAGGAGUAGGGCAUUAUUUCACUAGGACUACAUUAAGGAUGUUUUCACAUUUGAAAUGUCUAAACCUAGUUCGGUUUCCUGGCGCGUUUGUGAAUUCUACAAAUGUUUUACUUUCACAGGACUUGAAAAUAACUGUUUCAGGGUGAGAUACAUUCAACAUGACGUUAGUACUAAGAUAGCUUGUUUACAACGGGCAAAAAGUUCCACGUGACUCGUGCUGCUGUGUCACAAUACCUGGUACUGUUGUCCGGGAUCUUGGACCUGCUACUCACGCAGGUCCAUGAUUUGUUUCAGCCAGGGUUUGUUUGUGUUUCACACAUGCUUUAUAGCAAGGAUCAGGGUACCAAACGCUCUAGGAUCCUGAUCAUACAAGGGAUAUGUGAAAGCGACCUAAAGCUUUGUUUGGGAAAUGCUGUCAUGCAAUUUCCUCAAGUUAUGUCGUUAGCACUACUACUGAAUUUGUUAUAGCUUUGUGCACACAGUCGUCUUUGUCUACUUUGCAGACCUAUGAUCAAAUAGUAUCUGAAAUAUUUCAAAAGUGCUUGAUUGAGCUUGCCUGGUGCAAUGGAAACCAUAAAAUAGUCCCACAAAUCUUGUUCAUUUGGCACUCCAGGCAGGCUCAAGCAAACACCCAAUGUAUUUAUAAUUCUAUUUGAACCCUGGUCUGCUACUUUGGGUAGCUUAAAGACAUAGUUCACCUAAAUUAUUAAAUGUUAUGUUUUCCUCAAGUAGAGGCUGUAAUACAAGUUUUAAGUAUGUUCACCUAGCCAUUGUCACCAUCCUAAAGUCUCAAGUUCAAUGACUUGUUUUGAAUUUAUUAGAUGAUUUGGGCAUGAAAUUUAAAACAUGCUGAUAUUGAUUUACGUUGGGUUUUGGUUAGAAAAUGUUAGUGUUUGGUAUAGGUGGUUAGGUAAACACUCAUUGUGGAUUGCACUCUGUCCUUGUGAUAAACUGCCUACCAGGUAAGAACACUUGUUUUUGUAAUUUGGAUGUACUGUCCCUUUAAGUCUAAUUUUAGGGGCAGUUUUUUAAAAUUUCACUUUAAUGACUUACAUAUGUGUUUGGUCCUUCUGCCAGAAACAAAUGUAUGAGUAUCCACUCUACGAACAGAGAAGGAACCUGGAUCGUCAGGCUGGACUCACGUUGGAAGUUGGUGACAAAAAGCACUCUGAGCUCAAACGCAAACACGAAGAGGAAGAAUCCAAAAAGAGCAAAGAGAAGGAGGAAGGGAAACAUAAACGCAGCAAAAAGGACAAGGAGAAGUUCAAACACAAAGAGGACGAGGGGAAGGCUAAGCACAGCAAAAAGGAGGAGAAGUACAAAUAUAACAAGAGGGAGGAGGAGGAGGUGGAGAGGGCCAAGUACAGCAAAAAGGAGGAAGAUGAGAGGUCUUUGUACAACAAGAGAGAGGAGGAGGAGAGAUAUAAACAUAGCAAGGAGGGGGGAGAUUGGCCCAAGUACAAUAAGAAGGAUGAAGAGAGAUACAAGCAUAGCAAGGAGGAGGAGAGGUUAAAAAAUCGCAGGGAGGAGGAAGAGAGGCCUAGGUCGAUCAGGGUAGAGGAGAGACCCAAGUUUAGUUGGAGGGAUAAUGAGGAGGAGGAAGACCGGUCCAGAUAUGGUAAGGGGAAAGAACCCAACCCCAAAUAUAGCAAGAAAGAGGAGGAGAGGUGUAGAUCAGAGAGGGAGGAAGGGAAACCUAAGAAUGAAAAGGAGGAAAGACAAUCAAGAAAAGACAAGGGUGAGCGUCAAAGGGAAGAGGAGAAGUCAGGAUCUAGAAAGCAGUCUGAGCCUGAGAAACCCAGUGAGCCUCCCAAAGUGUUCUGUGGGCCUAAUCCAGCAUUGAGAGCAAAGCUGCGCAAGAAAAGUGAGGAAACAGCCAAAGUGGAGCCGAAGGCUCCAUCUGCUUUUGGGAAGUUCAGCUGGAAGAAAAAACUAGAAAAUGACCUUGCAAAGGAGGCAGAGAGAGUGGCUGCUGAGUUCCUGAAGGAAGAUGAGGCAGAUGCUGAAGAGGAUGAUGACCCGGAUGCGUUUUCAAAGUCUGUGGCCGCAGCCAAGAGCAUUGCUAUCAAGCUGUCAGGGAAGACAGUCAUCCCCCCAGCUAACACAUGGGUACCCUUCAACUCCGGAAAAAUAAGCCCAAACCUUCCUGCUCCCUCCAUAGUCUUGAGAAAGUCCUCCGGACUUGGGCCCUGGGUCUAUGCUAAACCGGCCCCUCUCAACACCUUUGUCUCUAUCAGACCUGCCAGUGGAGUGACACCUCUGCCUGUCAUACAGAACCAGCCUACAAAGGACCUUGUACUGGCAGCAGACAUAAUUUCCAAGGCGUUCUGUGGUGAGGAAGUGGAUUUUAAAGCAGAUGGCACCGGGAAUCCAGAUCCCAAUUUUACACCAGACAAAAACAAAGCUUCCACAAUGGAGUUGGUUAGUCAAGCCCCCACAUCCACUCCUUCAGCAGUGAUGCCCGAGUUCAAGACUCCCCUGCCUCCACCGCCUGUCCUGACCAUGAUGACCAUGGAGUCUGAUGUAUCUGCACCAGGAGUCCCUGAGAGUGAGCAGAAUGUCCCUGUGAUGGUCACACCCCCUCCUUUCAUGCAGAGACCCCCAAGUGAGGUGAUGAAGAAAUCAGAGAAACCGAAGUCUAGCCUAGCUGCCGCAAAAGCCCAAGAUUUAUUUGACAUAUUUUAUAGCAGCAGUAGCACAGCCAGUACCACAUCCACCACCAGCACUGCCAUGUCCACUAAAGCAGUCGUAGAGUCCAAAGUUGCACAGAAUGACUCAAAGAACAGCGAAGCCUUGGAGGCUACGGCCCCACAAACAGAGCAAACCCAACCUGAGCUCCCAGCUCUUGACAACAGUAACACCAUUGAAACUGACACAAAGGAGUCAAUAGAGACUUAUACUGGGUCUGACCCACAGCCCAAGGAAGAUGCACCUGAGAAUGCCCACAUACAAUUGGAUAACCCAUCAGAUACCCUGGGUAUCUCAACAGAGACCCUGGAUCUCCCAACAGAAGUGAUGGGCCUAGAUCUGUUUGAUUUAAAUUUUGAUUAA